AUGUCUGGCAAGGGCUUCAGGGGCCUCAAUGAGGCCAUGAAGGCUUUGAGCCUGGCCUCACAACCCUGCAGAAACACAAGACCAUCCACGGCAGGGCUAUCAUCCAUGGCAUCGCGCACAAUGGCGACGACAACAACGCCCUCCGGCCUUACGGUACCAUCGGCCGACCCUACCACUUACGUCCCCUUCAAGCCUCUCUCCACGGUCCCCGUCACCGUCUACAACUUCCCCAGCCUCGAGCCUCGCGCCCUCGAGUCUUACUCCACAAAGCAUCUCUACUUGCCUCUAAGGCGGGACAUACUCCACCUGGCCGUCACAUACGAAGGCGACAACACCCGUCAAGGCACAGCGAAUGCCAAGACUCGCUACGAAGUACAUGGUUCGCACCGCAAACUAUACCGACAGAAGGGCACUGGUAGGGCGCGUGUCGGAAACAAGCAGUCGCCCCUGCGAAAGGGCGGUGGAAAAUCCUUUGGCCCACACCCGCGCGACUUCGGCACCGGCCUCAACCGCAAGGUGUACGACCUCGCGUGGCGCACGGCGCUGUCCUACCGCUACAGGCGAGGGGAGCUCAUCGUGUGCGAGGACGGGCUCGAGCUGCCGCUGCCAGAGGACUUCCUCGCGCUCGCGCAGCAGGGGAAGCUGAGCAGAGAGCUGGAGGACGGCUUCGUGGCGCGGUACCUGGGGGAUGUCAUGGCGGGUUUGCGCUGGGGCAAGGGCCACGGGCGUACGACGUUCGUGACGACGGAUCCGCGGCCCAACCUGUUUACCAGCCUGGAGGUCGCCCAGGAGCAUGGGACGGCGAUGGAGAUGGAGGAUGUGGACGUCAAGAACCUGCUGGAGGGCGGGCGGAUAGUGAUGGAGCGCAGCGCGCUGAAGGAGAUCUUGAAGAUGCAUAGGAGCGACCUGGUCAGCAGUAUCGUUAUCAACGGCAUGAGGGAUAAGGGGCCGGUCAUCGGGUCGCCAGUCAUCGAGUAA